CUUUUAUAAGGGUGUAAUUGCCAAAUUCCCGUCUAACAGAUUGGAAAACCUUAACCCGGUUGGCCCAAAAAUUCUGAAAUAUCAAACAUUUUGCUUCCCAGAAACCUCUCGCCGCAGAAGCUGCAGCACAACCGUAGAGUGUUAUUGACUUCAAUAAUGUUUUUGAAACCCUUUACUUCAGCUCCAUCCACUUCUUAUUGGAGUGAAUCUUUUAGUUGUGAGAAUGGGAUGUAUGCCAAUGUUAGAAUGCUUCGAAGGCCAGAAGUAGUGUGUCUUGGUAUGUUGGCCCCAAGAAAAUUCUUGCAAAAGAGGAAGAAAGUAGAGGUUUUCAAGGAUGCUGAGGAUGAAAUUGAUCAGAAGAACUGGAGAAAAGUAAUGAAUGAAAUAGAGGAGGCAGAUUCUGCUGUUUCGGUGUUCAAGAGUCGGAGGGCCAAGAAACAGUCUCUACCCAAAGACUUGGUUGUUGGAACCCUGGUCAGAUUUAAGCAGCUCAAGAAGUGGAAUCUUGUUAGCGAGAUUCUCGAAUGGCUUCGGACACAGCAUUGGUGGGAUUUUAAGGAGAUGGAUUUUCUGAUGCUUAUAACGGCUUACGGAAAGCAAGGAGACUUCAACAAAGCCGAGAGGGUUUUAAGCUACAUGAGCAAAAAGGGGUAUCCACCAAAUGUGAUAUCCUAUACCGCUCUUGUGGAAGCAUAUGGAAAAGGAGGCCAAUACAAUAAAGCAGAAGCUAUAUUUCGUAGGAUGCAAUUUUCGGGCCCUGAACCUUCUGCUGUGACAUAUCAAAUAAUUCUUAAAAUAUUUGUCCAGGGAAACAGAUAUAAAGAAGCUGAAGAAGUUUUUGAAACGCUUCUUGAUAAGGAAGCCUCACCUCUAAAACCAGACCAGAAAAUGUUCCACAUGAUGAUUUAUAUGUACAAAAAAGCAGGAAGCUAUGACAAAGCUCGUAAACUAUUUGCCUUGAUGCCUGAGAGAGGAAUUCAGCAAACUACAGUCACAUAUAAUAGCUUGAUGUCCUUUGAAACCAAUUACAAGGAGGUUGCAAAAAUCUAUGACCAGAUGCAAAGAGCUGGUAUUCGGCCUGAUGUAGUGAGUUAUGCACUACUCAUCAGUGCUUAUGGUAAAGCUAGAAGAGAAGAAGAGGCAUUAGCUGUAUUUGAGGAGAUGCUUGAUGCCGGUGUCAGGCCAACACAGAAGGCAUAUAAUAUUUUACUUGAUGCCUUUGCAAUCUCGGGAAUGGUAGAGCAAGCUCAAAUUGUCUUCAAGAGCAUGCGAAGAGACAGAUGUACCCCUGAUCUGUGCUCAUAUACGACUAUGUUAUCGGCUUAUGUUAAUUCAUCUGAUAUGGAUGGUGCGGAGAAAUUUUUCCGAAGAAUAAAACAAGACAGAUUUGAACCCAAUCUCGUGACUUAUGGGGCUUUGAUAAAAGGUUAUGCAAAAACAAAUAACAUGGAGAAAAUGAUGGAGAAAUACAACAAUAUGCGGGUUCAAGGUAUCAAACCGAACCAGACAAUCCUCACUACUAUCAUGGAUGCUUUUGGUAAAAACGAGGAUUUCUCCAGUGCCGUGAUUUGGUUCAAUGAAAUGGUAUCUAGUGGGACUCUUCCUGAUCAGAAAGCAAAGAAUGUUCUCCUGUCUCUAGCAAAAACAGCAGAAGAAAAAUUUGAGGCCAAUCAGCUUGUACAACUUAAUAGGAUCCCGAACAAUGUAGAUGUUGGUGAUAUCGGUGGUAUGACCGAUGCAGAUGAUGUUGAUGCAGAUGCAGAUAUGGACAUGAGCCAUGCGUUUGUAGAUAAAGAUGAAGACUUGAUAAUUACUGGUUUGGUUCAGUGACAUGGUAUCUGGUUGGACACCUGAUCAGAAAGCAAGUCUCUCUAGUCAAAACAGCAGAAGAAAAUUUUGAAGCCAAUCAGCUUGUAAAACGUGAUAGGGGUCCCGACAAAGAAGAUGAUGGUGAUAUCGGUAUUAUGAACGAUGAGUAUGAUGCCGAUGCCGAUGUAGAUGUCGACGUGAGCCAUGCUUUGAAGAUAAAGGCGAAGACUUGAUAAUUAGCAGCAGCUAUCAACAGCUAUCAACAUGUUAUUUUGUGCUAGAAGCAUAAAUAUGAUAAAAUUUUGUUCAAUGAAUGCAAUGCAUGUUUGUAAGUUGGAUUAGUUGCAGAUCACUUCUGAAAUUUGAUGCUUAUUCUGUGUUAGAAAUUACGGAUUGUGGAUCGCCCAUGUGGGGUAACCCAACCCAUAAGAUAUCGAAAGGAUUGGAGGGAGUGGUUUUAACAUCCAAUCCCCAUAACUUCCCAUA